AGAACAGUACAGUACAAAGUCAAAGUGCGAAGUACGUACAGGCCGGCAGCGUGUUGCACGUUGAUGUUUUUAGUAUGUAUAAGAUCAAGAAGCUUCAUAGCUUUUCUCUCUAUUAAAGGUUCAUCAGAGCUUUAAAGAUGCCUCAGAAGCUGCCAAAUCUCAUCAGCUCCACGGCAGGAGCCGUGCCUGUCAAGAAUGAAAAGGGGGAGCUUACUAUGCAGAAGGUGAAGGUGACUCGUUAUGUGAGUGGGCGGCGCCCCGAGUACGCUAUCUCAGACUCUGAGAGUGAGAGCAGUGACGAGGAGGAGGGGUUUGCACCUGUGGGCGGUGAGGGUGAUGUGGGCGAUGUGGAAGAAGUGGAGAGUGUGAGUGUGGACGACAGACGUCUCCAGCGACUGAGAGAGAGACAGUCAGUUACUGCAAGAGAAAGAAGGCCAGUCAUAGAACCCGAGGUACUGUACGAUGCUGGGGGGGAGGAGUCUCCAGACAGUGAGGUAGAGGAGGAUAGGCUGAUGUCUCAUAGACUAGCGGCACCACCUUCCUCCAGUGAGAGCUCGGACGAGGAUCUUGACGAAGAAGCCCUAGAACAGAAAAGAGAGCUGAUGAGGGAACGGGCAAGACAACGUGACAUGGAAGAGGAUGUGCUGGACGUGGUUGAGGAGGAGGUGGUUGGCAGUGGGGGGGAGGAGUCCUCAGAGUACGAGGAGUACACUGACUCAGAGGACGAGGCGGGACCACGACUCAAGCCUGUGUUUGUCAGAAAGUUGGAUAGAGUGACGAUACGUGACCAGGACGAGGUGGAGAAGCAAACAGUGGAGUUAGAGAAAGAUAAAGAGUACGCAGCAGAGCUGAGGAAGAAGGAAUCACACCGACUUGUGGAGGCAGCAGUAAAGGAAGAGUUAGCGGUAGAGCAGGGGGCGGGGUCUCUGGAUGCUGUGGUUGUCACUGACGACGAGAAUGAUGAGAUGGAAUAUGAGGAAUGGAAAGUUAGAGAACUCAAGAGAAUCAAGAGAGACAGAGAAGAGAGAGAUAAGAUUGAGCGUGAGCGUGAUGAGAUAGAGAGGAUGCACAACAUGACAGAGGAGGAGAGGAAGGCUGCUCUGAGGAACCAACCCAAGCAAGUCACCAACCAAAUGGAGAAGGGGAAGUAUAAGUUCCUGCAGAAGUACUACCACAGAGGAGCCUUCUAUCUGGACGAGGAGGAGAAUGUGCUCAAGAGGGACAUUGCUGAGCCCACACUAGAGGACCACUUUGAUAAGACAGUUCUGCCAAAGGUCAUGCAGGUCAAAAACUUUGGACGUGCUGGAAGAACUAAGUACACUCAUCUGGUUGAUCAAGACACGACCGAGAUUGAUAGCCCAUGGACUCAGAUAACACCAGUCAACCUCAAGUUUCAAAACAAAGGGGGUGGAGCUAAACAGAUAUUUGUGAAACCUACGUAUAAGAAACGAAAACUAAAUGAUUAACUUCUUUAACAAAUUCAUGCAAUCUUUGUUGUACGUGCACAUCUUUUUUUGCUCAUAUUAUUUGCAAAAUUUA